AUGCGUAGUUUCUCUGGGGACCAGACGCAGAGAACGCGGAGAGGGUUACGCUAUGAGUUUCUCCUUUGCAGUGUGAAGGAAGAGUUGACCUUGGAGGACGUGGCCAUCCAGUUCUCCCAGGAGGAGUGGGCCUGCCUGGACCCUGCGCAGAGGGCCUUGUACAGGGACGUGAUGCUGGAGACCUGCAGGAACCUGCUCUUGCUGGGGGAGCAUCGCUUCCCUCUGGGAGUCGGGAUCUGCCCUUGGGUAUCAUUGUAUUUUCCUUGUGUGCCUCUUGGGAGUCUGUGCAUUCUUAUCUCCAUUUUGAGGCCAGAGAAUGAACCCUGGACUGUAAAGAGUCAGAUAAAAAUA